UUAAACGCACUCACCGCCUCAUGCUAACAAAUUUUUGUUUUUCGUUGAAUACAUUCGACAAACGUCACCGCGACAUCCGUUUACUCUUUCUCUAUUUGUACUCUUUUGUAAAAUGGGUAUCAGCCGUGAUCCGUUCCAUAAGCGACGAGCAACCGGAGGUAAGAGGAAACUUACCCGCAAGAAGCGAAAGUUCGAAUUAGGUCGCCCAGCCGCCAAUACAAAGAUCGGAGUACACCGUGUCCAUGAUGUGCGUACCCGCGGUGGAAACAAGAAAUACCGUGCUCUUCGUUUAGACACCGGUAACUUUGCGUGGGCAUCAGAAGGCACAGCUCGCAAGACACGUAUCAUCGAUGUCGUCUACAAUGCAUCCAACAAUGAAUUGGUGCGAACAAAAACAUUGGUGAAAAACGCCAUUGUUUUGAUCGAUGCCACACCAUUCCGGCAAUGGUAUGAAAGUCAUUACAUCCUACCAUUGGGACGUAAGCGUGAUGUUAAGAACAAGGACGGCGAAGAAAACGAUGUGCUGACCAAGAAGCGAACCCAGAAGCAAAUGACCAAGUAUCUUGCACGUCAAAAGUAUGCUAAGGUCGAGCCACAUUUGGAGGAACAAUUCUCGCAGGGUCGUCUUCUAGCCUGUGUUUCAUCCCGACCUGGACAGAGUGGACGUGCUGACGGUUACAUUUUGGAGGGCAAAGAAUAUGAUUUCUAUCAUAGAAAGAUUAAGUCUAAGAAGACAAAAUAAAUGUAAUACACAAAUCGUAAUCAAUAAAUCGAUGAUUACCGAA